GUGUAUGUGAACAGUGAGAUGUUUGGGCGCUGAAGUCGCCAUAGCGAAUUGAGAGUGAACUCGUAUCUGAAAGCCAUAUCUCUGAGUUUUGAGUGGGCGCAUGUCGCCAGUAUGCUGCGCUGCUGUUUACAUGCAUGAAAAGUGUGUUUGAGAACGAGUCUGAUUGCAGUACCAUCAGAUUGCAAUCCGGUCCGAGGAUCAACACAAAACCGCCUUUUCAGACCAGGUAUGGUCUGUACGAGUUUGUGGUGAUGCCUUUCGGCCUUUGCAAUGCUCCUGGCACCUUUCAGCACGCUAUGAAUCGGAUUUUCCAUGACUACUUGGAUAAGUUUGUGAUCGUGUACCUCGAUGACAUACUUAUUUUUAGUAAGACUGUCGAGGAACAUGUUGCACAUUUGGACAAAGUCCUUAGUCUCCUGCGACAGCACAAGUUCAAGAUCAACGGUGAGAAGUGCGAGUUUGGCCGCACCCGUGUCUUGUACUUGGGUCAUGAGAUCUCCGCGGAAGGGUUAAGGCCCGAUGACGCGAAGGUGGCCAGCAUUCGUGAUUGGCCACGUCCUCAGUCUGUGACUAAGAUGAGAUCUUUCUUGGGAAUGACAGGCUACUAUAGGACUUUCGUUAAGAACUAUAGCAUAGUGGCCGCUCCUUUGACUGAUCUAACCCGCCUUGACACCCCAUGGGAGUGGACAGAUGAGUGCGAGGCUGCUUUCAGACAUCUGAAGCAUGCGUUGACGCACUACGAGGUCUUGAAACUUCCUGAUCCUGACAAGCCGUUUAUAGUCACCACGGAUGCCAGCCAAUAUGGCAUUGGCGUCGUGCUUGCGCAGAAGGAGGGGCCAAAGUUGAGGCCUGUAGAGCACAUGUCCAAGAAAAUGUCGUCUCAAAAGUUGGCUAAGUCCACCUAUGAGAAGGAACUCUAUGCGGUGACUGAUCAUCAGACUCUGAGAUGGAUGAAAACUCAGCCUGUACUUUCUGACGCCCUUACGCGUUGGAUCGAAGUCAUUGAGCAAUAUGACUUUGACCCUCAAUAUCUCAAAGGGGAGUACAACAAGGUUGUUGAUGCCUUGUCGCGUAGACCUGAUUUCUCCGGUGCGCUGAUUAAUGAGUUUGAUCUGACGGACAAUGUUACUCAGUCGUUGGUGGAAGCCUAUCGCGAGGACCAGUUCAUGUUUGAGAUCAUACGCAGACUCGAGGCGAAGGACAAGAAGACGUUUGCCGAGUUUGAGUUGGUCAAUGGUUUGCUGUUCCUUGAGAAGGAAGAGAAUAAACGAUUGUGUGUCCCAAAUAGCGAGUCUUUGCGUAGUUUGUUUUUAGAGGCCAACGGCCAGGCCGAGCAACUGAACCGCGCGGUACAACAGCUGUUGAGGCAUUACAUCAAGCCCAACCAGGUGGACUGGGAUGAGAAGCUUGCACUCAUCGCCAGUCUGUAUAAUAAUGCGGUACACAGUGCCACCGGGGUGAGCCCGAACAGUUUGCUACUGACUUUCAAGCCUAGACUACCCCUGGAUUUUCUCCUUCCUGAGAAUCAGUCGACUGCUGCACCAGGUACAUUAGAGUUUGCUUACCGCUAUGAACAGAAGAUGCAGAAGGCUCAGGCUGCAAUGAUACAGUCUGAGAAUAGACACCGCCGGCCUUCUACAUUCCAGGUUGGGGAUACGGUCAAGGUUAAAUCUUCAGAACUGGGACAGGAGCACGGGAUCUCCAGCAAACUCAUGCCCCAGUACUUUGGACCCUGGGAAGUCUUGGACAUCGUUGGGACAGAUCCGGAUGGGCCAUCUUAUGUUAUCCGGAUCCCUGGUCAUCUCCGUACUUACCCUGUCUUUCACACAUCCAAGCUGGCACCUUUCAAAGAGACUGAUCAGUUUCCAUCUCGUCGCGCAAUGCUGCCCCCAACCAUGGACGGAGAGGUGGACAUCGAUGACAUCGUGGAUCACAGAGAGCUGCCGGUAUCAAGACCAGCAGGCAGGGGAUGUCCUCCGAAACCGAAUCUACAGUACCGCGUUCUGUUCCGGCAUCACACUGAUCCGAAGGAGGACUGCUGGUUCACCAGGGAAGAACUCAUGCAGACCGCUCCUCAAGUUGUAGCCCAAUACGAGAGAUCUCUGCAGAAGGGAAAGCGCCCCAUGGUUGAAGACUGAGCUUCUCAGAGGACUGUUGACGCUAAGGAGGAGGGAAUGCGAGGCCACUGCCUUUAUGAGCCCCAUAAGGCCCCAUUUUGCAG